AAGAUUUUUAACAAAAAAAAUUUUAACGAAGAGAGAAAGGGGGAAAAGCACAGUUCCUGUUCCAAAACUUUGAAAAUAUUUGUUUUUGCCUUCUCUCUCUUUCUCUCUCCCUAAAAUAUAUACGCACAGUUCUCAUAAACUUCCACUAUUAAUAUCUGCAACGAAGAGAGAGAAAGAGCGGGAGUGAAAAUGAAAAACUGAAAAAGAAAGUUUUAUAUUUUUUCAUUGGGGGUCCAAAACCAAAUUAACUUAGAGCCCUAGAUCGAAAUUUUUUCCCGCCAAAAAACUCAGUUCUAAGAGUGUCCCAGGUGUUGAAUUGGUACUGGUUUUUCAAAAUAUAUAAACCCGAAUCGUUUUCGUUUCAUUUCUCUUUUGUUUCGUUUCUGUCUUUAAUGUUUUAUUAAUUUUGACUGGGUGGUCGAUGAUAGCUGGUGGGUCUACUUUAGAUUGCGCCAAAACCCCAAAGAAGCUCGAGUCAACUGGGUUAGUGGUCGAUCUUCAAUCUGUUUUGGAAUUCAAACCCAAUGAGCUCCCAAAUCCCUCCAGCGAAGGCUUAAUCGGUAAGCUUCGAUGCUGGUUCGAUCAAUGUCUUGGCGUAUUUUUGAAAGAGAUCUGCGCAAAAGACACUUUUCGGCCUCUCCCUCCAAUGCUUGGAGAUGGGCAGUGUGUGGAUUUGUUUAAGCUCUUUUCGGUAGUGAGAGAGAAAGGUGGAUGCAAUGCCGUAUCAGAAAAAAAGUUGUGGGAUUCGGUGGCUGAAGAGUCCGGAUUGGGCUUGAGUUUCACUGCUGCUGUGAAGUUGGUUUACAUUAAGUAUUUAGAUACACUAGAGAGAUGGCUAGGUAGAGUUGCUCUGAAGGAUCCCAAAAGCAGUUUGAGCAGUAGUGGCUCUGAUUUGGAUGAGUAUCUGAUGGAGCUGCAGGCUGGGUUUAAAAGGUUUAUGUCGGAGAUUGCCGAUGGAAAGGCGAAUGAUGGUGGGUUGUAUCCACAUUUGCCUAGUGACUUGAAUCUUCAGGAUGUUGAUGAAUUGAAGACGGUGGUUGUAGAUUCCGAUGGGUGCCGAAACUGUGAUGUUGGUGGGAAGAAUUUGAAUUCGGAUUUUGGCAAGAAAAAUGGGGAUGUCGGAAAAUUAUGUGUUGGUGAUGUGAAAUGCUUGGAGGGAGAGACUGGUAAGAGCAAGAAAUGUGUGGAUGGUAAUGAGGGGUUUCCUUGUUCGGAUAUUAAGAAGCUGCGCGGUGUUCAUGAUAUAAAGAGUGUGGUGGAUUUGGAUGGAUGGAAGAGCUGUGAUGAUGAUGAUGGUGGUGAUGAAGAUUUAAUGAUUUUGGAUCCUGAGACGAUUGACAAAGAGAAUUUUGGUAACAAGAGGAAGCGGGAGUCUCUGUGGGGGAUGCUGGAUUGGGUUACAAUGGUUGCAAAAGAUCCCUGUGACCCUGCCAUCGGUUUAUUACCAGAUAAGUCAAAGUGGAAGUCCUAUUCGGAUACGGAGAUAUGGAAGCAGGUUUUGAUGGCUCGAGAGGCUAUCUUUUCCAAAAGAAAUAUCGAUUCGGGUGGUGAGCAGUCUUAUUUGCAGAAAAUCCAGAGGAUGCAUCCAAGCAUGUAUGAUGAUCAACUUGGCUCAGGUUACAAUCUUAGGGAGAGACUAAGGUGUGGGAAGAAGCUUCUCUAUGGGAAAAUGGCAUCUCAUGGAGGGGCCAAUGCAGAGUCAUCUGACUUGGACAGAAGUCCAAGUCCUGGCUCGGCAGGGUUGGAAGAUCACUUUGAUAAACAGUUGGGAGCUACUGAGUCCUCUAUGCCACUUAAGGUUGUUCCUCUGGGGUCAAAUUUUCAAGUUGAAGUACCAGCAUGGACUGGUGAGACAUCUGAAAGUGAGUCCAAGUGGUUGGGUGUGAGGCUUUGGCCACUAGAAAAAUCAGAGCACAGAUUUCUUAUUGAAAGGGAUCCUAUCGGAAAAGGAAGACAAGAUUCCUGUGGCUGCCAAAUGCCUGGAUCUACUGAAUGUGUUAGAUUUCAUGUUGCUGAGAAAAGGUUGAGAUUAAAGAUGGAAUUGGGUUCAGCUUUCUAUCAAUGGAGAUUUGAUAAAAUGGGUGAAGAUGUUGCUCUUUAUUGGACAAAAGAAGACCAGAAGAAGUUCAAGGCUAUAGUAAGCUCAAAUCCUCCAUCUAUUGAGAUUAGCUUUUGGAAUAAGAUUUUUAAGAGUUUUCCUACCAAGAGCAGAGAAGAUUUGGUGAGCUACUACUUCAAUGUCUUUGUUUUGCGUCGUAGAGGAUACCAGAACCGGUUUACUCCAACUUACAUUGACAGUGACAAUGAUGAAUUCGAGUCAAUGUUAGUAGCCGACGGAUUUGGGCAUGAAACGCAUGACUCAGCAAAUAACAACUUGUUACAUGAGAACAAACAGCAUGAAAGUAAGAGAUAGCAAUUUUCAUGGUGUUUAGAGUGACUUUUUUCUUUUCGAGAGUUGAUACUGUAAAUUCUGGCAGUUUUGUGUCGUCUGAAUUAUUGGCACUUUUCCGGUACGGAUGACCAUUUGUUCCUAGCUCCAUAGCAGAAUCACCACUAUACUUGAAAAUGAAAUUGGGGUCAUAGUUACGGUGUUUGCCCAAAGUGAGUAAGCAGAAUCAUCACUACACUUGGAAAUGAAAUUUGGGUCAUAGUUAGGGUGUUUGCCCAAAGUGAUUUAGAAAAGAUAAAUUGAUCACAUCUGUGGUACGGAAGCAGCCAACUCUAGAGAUUUGAAGCGGUGUUGAUGCUCUUGAAGUAUGAUGCAUUCAAUUUUUUGAUACAUACCUCGUGUUUAUUCUUCGUUGUUACCAAUAUCAAAUUACAGGUACUUUUGUUUUUGUUCACUCUUUAUUUCUUUUAGGUUUCCGAGAGCAAGGCUGAUUUGAAAAGGAAGCCUUAGAAAUAUAGGGAAAAAAUCCAAUUGGUUUAGAGGUAGAUGAAUUUGAAAACAGUGGCUCCUGAGUUCAAGUUUUAUUCAAUCUUCAAGUUCUGAUCAGGGUAUUGUGCUUUGCAGUUUGAAUGAUUUUUUAAAUAUGGUAAAGGAAUUGUUUUGCUUCA